AUGAGGUUAACGGAGAACAACAAAAUAAAAUUACUGGCGGUAGAAAUGGACGCGAUAAGGAGAUCAGCACGAACAUCACGGCUGGAUAGAGUACGAAACGGGACAAUCAGGGACAAAAUGGGAAGACAGAAAACUAUAGUAGAGGAAAUAAAGAGUGCCCAACUGAACUGGUAUGGACAUGUGAGAAGGAUGGACAACACGCGACUGCCUCAGAAGGUACUAAACUGGCUUCCACAAAAGAGAAGGAAACGGGGAAGACCGAGGAUAAACUGGAUGGAGAGUGUAAAGAAGGCGAUGAGCUCAAGGGAUCUGCGUGACGGAGACUGGGAUGAACGAAACCAAUGGCAAAUCGUCUCAGAUGCUGGCUUUGGUCAAAGACCUGAAACCGUAUGA